AUGCGGCAGUGCUUCGCAGGGCUGUGGAGUUUGGAGGAGGAAGGAGGGGCAGCGGAAGGGGGAGGCGAUGAUGGGGCAGCACGGAACGCAAUCAUUGCAAAGGCGAUCCAAGAGCCAUCAGAGUUUGUGCUGAAGCCGCAAAGAGAGGGAGGAGGGGACCUGCAGAUAGAGAGGGACCUGCAGAUAGAGAGGGACCUGCAGAUAGAGAGGGACCUGCAGAUGGAGAGGGACCUGCAGAUAGAGAGGGACCUGCAGAUAGAGAGGGACCUGCAGAUGGAGAGGGACCUGCAGAUGGAGAGGGACCUGCAGAUAGAGAGGGACCUGCAGAUGGAGAGGGACCUGCAGAUGGAGAGGGACCUGCAGAUGGAGAGGGACCUGCAGAUGGAGAGGGACCUGCAGAUAGAGAGGGACCUGCAGAUGGAGAGGGACCUGCAGAUGGAGAGGGACCUGCAGAUGGAGAGGGACCUGCAGAUGGAGAGGGACCUGCAGAUGGAGAGGGACCUGCAGAUGGAGAGGGACCUGCAGAUGGAGAGGGACCUGCAGAUAGAGAGGGACCUGCAGAUAGAGAGGGACCUGCAGAUAGAGAGGGACCUGCAGAUGGAGAGGGACCUGCAGAUAGAGAGGGACCUGCAGAUAGAGAGGGACCUGCAGAUGGAGAGGGACCUGCAGAUGGAGAGGGACCUGCAGAUGGAGAGGGACCUGCAGAUAGAGAGGGACCUGCAGAUAGAGAGGGACCUGCAGAUGGAGAGGGACCUGCAGAUAGAGAGGGACCUGCAGAUGGAGAGGGACCUGCAGAUGGAGAGGGACCUGCAGAUAGAGAGGGACCUGCAGAUAGAGAGGGACCUGCAGAUAGAGAGGGACCUGCAGAUGGAGAGGGACCUGCAGAUAGAGAGGGACCUGCAGAUGGAGAGGGACCUGCAGAUGGAGAGGGACCUGCAGAUGGAGAGGGACCUGCAGAUGGAGAGGGACCUGCAGAUAGAGAGGGACCUGCAGAUGGAGAGGGACCUGCAGAUGGAGAGGGACCUGCAGAUAGAGAGGGACCUGCAGAUAGAGAGGGACCUGCAGAUAGAGAGGGACCUGCAGAUGGAGAGGGACCUGCAGAUAGAGAGGGACCUGCAGAUGGAGAGGGACCUGCAGAUGGAGAGGGACCUGCAGAUGGAGAGGGACCUGCAGAUAGAGAGGGACCUGCAGAUGGAGAGGGACCUGCAGAUGGAGAGGGACCUGCAGAUAGAGAGGGACCUGCAGAUAGAGAGGGACCUGCAGAUAGAGAGGGACCUGCAGAUAGAGAGGGACCUGCAGAUGGAGAGGGACCUGCAGAUAGAGAGGGACCUGCAGAUGGAGAGGGACCUGCAGAUGGAGAGGGACCUGCAGAUGGAGAGGGACCUGCAGAUGGAGAGGGACCUGCAGAUGGAGAGGGACCUGCAGAUGGAGAGGGACCUGCAGAUGGAGAGGGACCUGCAGAUGGAGAGGGACCUGCAGAUGGAGAGGGACCUGCAGAUGGAGAGGGACCUGCAGAUGGAGAGGGACCUGCAGAUGGAGAGGGACCUGCAGAUAGAGAGGGACCUGCAGAUGGAGAGGGACCUGCAGAUAGAGAGGGACCUGCAGAUAGAGAGGGACCUGCAGAUGGAGAGGGACCUGCAGAUGGAGAGGGACCUGCAGAUGGAGAGGGACCUGCAGAUAGAGAGGGACCUGCAGAUGGAGAGGGACCUGCAGAUGGAGAGGGACCUGCAGAUAGAGAGGGACCUGCAGAUAGAGAGGGACCUGCAGAUGGAGAGGGACCUGCAGAUGGAGAGGGACCUGCAGAUGGAGAGGGACCUGCAGAUGGAGAGGGACCUGCAGAUGGAGAGGGACCUGCAGAUGGAGAGGGACCUGCAGAUGGAGAGGGACCUGCAGAUGGAGAGGGACCUGCAGAUGGAGAGGGACCUGCAGAUAGAGAGGGACCUGCAGAUAGAGAGGGACCUGCAGAUAGAGAGGGACCUGCAGAUAGAGAGGGACCUGCAGAUGGAGAGGGACCUGCAGAUAGAGAGGGACCUGCAGAUGGAGAGGGACCUGCAGAUGGAGAGGGACCUGCAGAUGGAGAGGGACCUGCAGAUGGAGAGGGACCUGCAGAUGGAGAGGGACCUGCAGAUGGAGAGGGACCUGCAGAUGGAGAGGGACCUGCAGAUGGAGAGGGACCUGCAGAUGGAGAGGGACCUGCAGAUGGAGAGGGACCUGCAGAUGGAGAGGGACCUGCAGAUGGAGAGGGACCUGCAGAUAGAGAGGGACCUGCAGAUAGAGAGGGACCUGCAGAUGGAGAGGGACCUGCAGAUAGAGAGGGACCUGCAGAUAGAGAGGGACCUGCAGAUGGAGAGGGACCUGCAGAUGGAGAGGGACCUGCAGAUGGAGAGGGACCUGCAGAUGGAGAGGGACCUGCAGAUGGAGAGGGACCUGCAGAUGGAGAGGGACCUGCAGAUGGAGAGGGACCUGCAGAUGGAGAGGGACCUGCAGAUGGAGAGGGACCUGCAGAUGGAGAGGGACCUGAUGCUGAUGCGCUGA